CACGCACCUUCAGACGCGGUCAGAUACAUUUGCCGCUGCAGCAGCCCUGGCGGUCAGCACGCACAACAGGGAUCCACAACUGCUGUCGUUGUUGGGUUAGUUUGGCUAGUAGAGGCGAGGCACGUGCGCACACCUGUCUGGACUCAACAAACGCGAGAGAGGGAAGGGCAACACACGUUCUCACUGGCACUCCUGUCUUUUUUGCCCGCACAGCAGGACUACCGAACACGAGGCACACUAACGCGCCCCCGUACAAGUAAGGCUCGCACCAUCUUAUUCAGCAAAGCGUUUCUAUAUUACUGGGUAGCGCGUCCCAUCUCACAGUACAGCGGCACAGAACAGCAGCACACUAUAGAGUUACAGCUCGCCAACAACGUCGCACAACUGUCAACUCCGGUAGUCCAUGUCAUAAAAGACCACGUAGGUGUUACACACACCUCAGCGUCAGAUACUCAUUGUCUCAGACUGUCGGGGCAUACAAUCCUCACAGCAUGUUCUGGGACGCAGUCACGUAGUGGUAAUGUGGGCGCCUAGCGUCGUAGCGUAACAUAAGAUAAGUGUAUUGCAAACUGUCGGCACUAGUGUUGCGUUGGCGGGAAAAGGGCGCUCUCUUCUCUCUCGAGUUCCCUUCUAUCUGACGUCGCGUGGUGUUGUAGGCAGGAAACGGGCGCUCUCUCUUUUGGGAUUCCCUUCUGUCUGGCGUCGCAGUGUGUCUUUGGCGGGGAACGGGCGGUCUCUCUCUCUCUCUCUCUCUCUCUCGUUGCCGUUAUAAAGGCGCAAACUCCGCAACUUCAACAUCGACCGAACCGGGACCACAAUCAAGAUAUGUAACUUUUAUGGUUUAACUGAGCCUUGGACCAUGUCGAGCGUCUAUCACUGGUGUUUUGUUCCGCAGUGCAACAGCUCGUCACGCAAUACCCCCGGGAAAAGGUUCAUUUCUGUGCCCAAAAACAUGACCAUUAGGAAGCUGUGGUUCCGCGCAGCUCAGCGUCACGACAAAAACAUCCCUCGUGGCACCAGCUACUGCUGUGAAGACCACUUCAACCUAGAAGAGGACCUAGAAAAUUAUAAAAAUUUCAUAAAAAUGAAAAAGCGUGCAAAGUUUAAGCCAGGUGUUCUGCCUCAUAUAUUUGAAUGUCACAAGAAUGGUGGACACAACAAUGGUAUUCAAAAAAAUGGACACAACAAUGGUGUUCACAAGAACGGUGGGCACAACAGUGGUGUUCACAAGAAUGGUGGCCAGCAAAGUACUACCUUGCAAACAAGAAAAGGCAUUGAUAGACCUGCACAGGUGAUGAGUGAAGAUGGUGAUCCUGUCAACUAUGCACAGUCUGCUGCAAAACUUAUUGGUGCUCAGGUAGCUACUGCUGUAUCUGCCAAUCAAGUUAUAAGACUGAGACCCAUCCUGCCAAAGCCUGCUCCACAAGAGCAGGCUGCACAAAAUGGAGAUGAUCAUGUCAAGAGGAAAGGCAUGAAACAGACGAUCUUGAGCCUACAGGAGAAAAUGGAAGUCUUGGAGAGGAUAGAUGCUGGUGUCUCAGAGAAAGAUAUAUGUGCAGAGUUUCAUAUAAAGUUCAAAACCUUCUAUGACAUCAAGAAGAACAAGAAGAAGAUCCGUGCUGAUGCCCGGACCAUGCAGGAACCAGCGACUGCCACAGAAGUCAAGAAGACCAAGUUCACACCAAGCAACCAUGCAUCCCUGGAUGCAGAGGUGUUCAGGUGGUACCAGAAGGAGUGUGCCACUGGGGUGCAUGUGAGUGGGGAUGACCUCCAAAGUGCUGCUGCAAGGUUGGCCAAACAACUUAACAUCACCGACUUUAAACCAAGUGCUGGUUGGCUGUUAAGGUUUUGGGACCAACACUGCCCAGCCGACCUUGAGGUUACUGAGAAAAGUAACAGUGCUGACGAAGCAGCCGUGGAAACUUUCAGGGAGGAGCUGCAUGGGAUAUUUCCAACCAACCAGCAUGCUCCUGCCACACACACCUCAGCAGAGGUGACUACAGCCAUAGCACCCACCGAAGCUGUGUACAUUGUGGAGAGAGACACAGACAGAGCACCCACUGAAGCUGUGUACAUUGUGGAGAGAGACACAGACAGAGCACCCACUGAAGCUGUGUACAUUGUGGAGAAAGACACAGAUAGAGGAACAUUAGAAAAUGAAUAUAUAGACCUAGAAGAGAAUGAUCCAUGGGAUGUCAACACACCCAAAGAAGACCCACAUAGCACACCAUUCGUGUACAGCACACCCAGCCAGAAUGCACACAAUAAUGAAAUCAAUGAUCUCCAACCUAGAGAAAGCUGGAGAGAAACCAACACCCAUGACCUGCCACCACUGGAGCAGGAUGCAGACUUGCACAUGGAGGUAAGAAGGGAGCUCAGGGAGAUCAAAGACUUUAUGAGGGAGAUGAGCUCUUCUAUGAGAUCCAUUAAAAUGGCAGCCAAAGACAUCUCUGAAACACUGAAGGUAAUUGCUGCUGCUCGUAAUGGCUUUAGGUAACUGUACCAUUUUGUUAAUACGUAUUUAUGUUAGCUGUACAGAAAGAGAGGACUGAAUCAAAGUUAUUACCAAGUCAUGUGUUUCAUGUCUGGUGUUGUACAGGUCAUCAUCAAGAGAAUGUGUUGUGGUUUGUUCCAAUGAGUAUGGUGUUCUUCAUCAGUAUUAGGUUCUCUUCCACUGAUUUCAGUGUUCUUCCUCAAACUUGAGCCCUGAUGUAAAGCAAUUUCCAGAGAGAUAUUUAGGUCCUGACUAGGCUGUGUGACUUGGUUACACAAUCCAACCCUGGCUGUGGUAUGUUAGAUGAUCUGCAUGCAAAGAAUGGUGAAGUACAGCUUUUGUUUGUUAGGCAUAGCCUCCACUCACUUCCUGUGUGUUGAAUUUUCUUAAUAUUAAGUCUUCUGAUACCCUAUGAACUUUAUUUACCAGGUUUUGUAAUGAGAUUGCCUGCAAAUCAGAGGACUUGGUAGUUGAAGGGAAAAUCCAAAAGCAGAUGGAAGUGAGUGGGGAAUGUGACCACAACUGUACAAAUGGUUGCCGGUGUGGCAAGGUGUUAUGUGUGGUGCACAUGGAGGCAGUGUUAGUUUUGUAAAUUUUUUUUUAGCAGGUAACAGGGCUUGAUCUUGAGAGAAAAACAAGCAUAGUGAUAUUAUUUUGUUAAUGGACUCAAGGCUACAUUUGUACAACUCUGGAAUCCUUAAAUCUCUUGUCUUAAAUGAAGUUAACAAGUUUUUUCAAAGACUUCUUCAUAUUAGGCAGCGACAGGACUUUGUUAUAAUAAAUUGGAAAGUGUAUCUUAUACUAUUUCAUGCUUAGUCAUACCUUGGCCCAAAUUAAAUAUUGGAUUGGUUUUUAAUAAUAGAUUUUAUUUUUUAAAGAGGUACAGAAAAUGGGUUCUUUAUAAGUUAGAAUUAAAGAAAAUUUACUCUUAAAAGAAAAUAAAUUAUACUCAAGUUAAAGAAAUGUUGUCUAGAUGAGAGAACGGGUUUAAAAAGUGAUCCAUAUGUUGUUUUGUCGCACUGUACCAGUUCGGGUGGGUGAAAAAUACGUUGUCUUUCCUCUAAAGCCAAAUUUCUGAAGCAAUAUUUUCUUAAUAAAUUUUGUAAGGAAAACAAA